AUGGCGAUGGCGAUGACGGCGGCGGCGGCGGCGCUGUCCUCCGUCCGGUUCUUGACGGGCGCCGACCAGCUGCUGAAGGCCCCGAUGGAUCGUAUCGGCGGCAGCGGCGGAAGGUCGUCGGAGGUGAGCGUCAUCAGGAUGGGCGGCGGGCCGAGGACGUAUCCCGGGGGGGUCUCCAAGUGGCAAUGGAAGCGGAUGCAGAUGAAGAAGGCGAAGCAGCUGCUGAAGGCCCGUCUCUGCAGGGAGCGGCAGAUCUACGAGAUGAGGAAGCGAGCAGAGCUGAAGUCGGCGAUCUCCGAGCUGGAGCGGCCAUGGGAGGCGGUGGAGCGCGCCGCCGCCGCCGCCCCGAACCUCUUCUCGGUCGCCGCCGACGAGCAGCUGAAGGUCCUCGCCGACCGCUUUCAGAAGCCCGGGGGCUUCGACAUGUGGUCCCGCAGCGACGGCCCCCAGAUCCUCCGCCCAUUCGAUGGCCUCCCCUCUGCCAGGUUCUUCCCCAAGGGGGUCGUCCACAGCCUCAAGCCCUACGGCGGCGCCGCCACCGCCUCCGCCGCCGGCGAUGAAGAAGACGAAGAAGAAGAUGAUGAACUGCAGUUCGACGACUGGGUCGCGAGAGGGAAGGGCGGGACGAGGAGGACGAGGCAUCAUCGUAGGGGAAGGAGGACUGCGCUCUCGCAGGAGGAGGAGGAUGGAGCCCGCGAAGCUGGGACCACCAUGGGAGUUGGCUCUUCUUACCCAGAUGUUGGAGAAGUCAAAGACGAGAGGAUCCGAUCGGCGGGUCGCUCCAGAGUGGACUUUCUCAGAGGGAGAAGACCGCGGGGAUCGGAGCUUCCCAGUGGCGGCGGUGAUGAGCUUGGCGGAGGCAGAAUGAAGAGAACCAACAGCCGGGAUGCGAGGAGAACAGGGCCAAAGUCCGUUGAAGUGGCGGCGUUUGGGAGGGUGGGGAGACUGGCAAUCGGAAGCAGCGCCGGCCCGGGCUCCGCCGCAGGGCGGCGUUCUCAGAGCACCAAGAGCACACGCGGCGGCGGCGCUGCCUCCCCCCGGCGGAGGAAGGCGUUCAACUGGUCCGAGGAUGACAUCUCCGAAGAUGCCUUCUGGGACGUGUAA